CAAUGCAGCCACACUUUACCUAUAUGUAGUACUACUUAAGAGGCACAUUGCAGAGCACAUUGAGCUAGCUAGCCAAAUCUCAUACCAUGGACAGCCGGAGCCUUCCAGUGGCAGCCACCGCUGCUCUCAUCUUCUUCUCUGUCAUAGCCCUGUCAGCGGGUACAGCCAUCGUCGAGCACACCUUUGUUGUGACCCAGGUGACUAUGACUCACUUGUGCAAGGAUACGCUGGUCACCGUGGUGAAUGGGCAGUUGCCCGGGCCGGCGAUCGAGGUCACAGAGGGAGACUCCAUCGCCGUCCAUGUUGUCAACAAGUCACCCUUCAACUUAACAAUCCACUGGCAUGGAGUGAGGCAGCUGCUCAACUGCUGGGCGGAUGGCGUGCCGAUGAUUACCCAGCGCCCCAUCCUUCCAGACCAUAACUUUACCUACCGUUUCGAUGCUUCCGGGCAGGAAGGAACCCUAUGGUGGCAUGCUCAUGUCCCCUGCCUCCGUGCAACAAUACAUGGCAUCUUGAUCAUCCGGCCGAGGCAUGGAGCCAUCUCCUAUCCAUUUCCUAAGCCUCAUAAGGAGAUCCCCAUCAUUAUAGGGGAGUGGUGGGACCUAGAGGACCUUGGACAGGUGGACAGGCACUUGAGGCAUUAUGUGGCUGACGAUUACUUCAAAGCGUCCACAAUCAAUGCCAAGCUUGGAGAUCUCUACAACUGCUCUGGCGUCGUCGAAGAAGCCUACAAGCUGGACCUGGAGCCCGGCAAGACCUACCUGCUCCGAGUACUCAAUGCUGCGCUCUUCUCUGAGUACUACCUCAAGAUAGCUGGGCACAAGUUCAUAGUGGUUGCUGGCGAUGCCAACUACGUUAGCCCCUAUACGACGGACACCAUCGCGAUCGCUCCCGGCCAGACAUUCGACGCCCUCGUGGUCGCCGAUGCGUCUCCUGGAAGAUACUACAUGGUCGCCAUGCCCAACCAGCCUCCAAAGCCCGACUAUCAGAGCCCAGUCUUGCCCACUAGAGGCGUACUGCAGUAUAGCAACGGAGCAGGAGGAAAUCAGCCCGGUGAUGUUCCAAUGUCACCAGAGAUGCCUGACAACCACAACCAUAUGCUAUCGUUCUACUUCCAUGGCAACCUUACCAGCUUGCACCACCCAAGACACCUACCAGUGCCGAAGCGAAUCGAUGAACGCCUAUUCAUAACGCUCGGGCUUGGCUCCGUUUGUCGGCAAGGCCAGUCCUGCGAGAGAGGAGCAGAGAGCGACGAGGUCAUCGUUGUGGCAACCAUGAAUAAUAUAUCAUACGAGCUCCCCACCGUGUCGAGACCACUGCUAGAAGCCCACUACCAGAACCCCAGCAACAUUGACUGGCUGCAAGAACUCCCUGAUGUACCACCGCGGGUGUUCAACUUCACUGACAAUUCCUUGAUCCCAACAGGACCCAAGGAGGAACAGCUAGAGCCGACGUCCAAGGCUGCGUUGGCACGGCGAUUCCGGUAUGGAGCUGUUGUUGAUGUGGUGUUCCAGAGCACGUCAAUGUUGCAGAGCGAGUCCAACCCGAUGCACCUGCACGGACAUGACAUGUUCGUGCUGGCACAGGGGAGCGGCAACUAUGACAUGGAAAGGGAUGUGGCGAAGUACAACCUAGUUAAUCCUCCACUUGUGAACACCGUGCUUGUACCACGGCUUGGAUGGGUGGCUGUCCGGUUUAUUGCGGACAAUCCAGGUGUAUGGUAUAUGCAUUGCCACUUCGAGUUUCAUCAAUCAAUGGGCAUGAUAGCAUUGUUCAUUGUGGAGGACGGACCAACAGCGAACACAUCGCUCCCCUCACCGCCAGUGGAUUUUCUGACAUAUGGCGAUGAUAAUAAUCUCAUGCCAGAUGAAUACUACCUUUAGAAUGAGCAAAUUAAGUCCCACGCGUAAAUGGUGUCUAGACGAUAACUAUCAUAAUGGGCUUUCCAAUAAAGAAAUAAACAUAUGAGCUAUUAGAAGAUGUUAUACAGAUACACGCAUACUUGCUAUAAUAUAUUUUUUUCACAAUCUCCUUGAAAUUUGAGUUCAAGUGAUUUUGUUGGACUUUUGCUGUA